AUGGACGUUGACCCUGAAGAGCCUAGGGAACAGCAAGGAUUCAUAAAUGAUGAAGACGUUCUAAAUGAUUGUGCACCAGUGGAGAUUCCUCCACCGCCUCCAUUGGUGCAAUCUCGAGAUGCUACUGGUCCCAGACUAAUAAUUACUCAGAUUGUCACAGAAAAUUUCAAAUCAUAUGGAGGUAUACGUGUUAUGGGACCAUUUCAUAAAAACUUCAGCUGUAUCAUCGGACCUAAUGGUAGUGGUAAAAGCAAUGUAAUUGAUUCAAUGCUUUUUGUGUUUGGAUAUCGAGCAUCAAAAGUGCGUUCGAAGAAGAUAAGUCAACUUAUACACAAUAGCGAAUUAGUGCCUAACGCGCCCAGUUGUAUGGUGUCAGUCCACUUUCAAAAGAUCAUUGACCAUGGUCCCGGUGCUAUGGAUUAUGAAGUUGUUCCAGACACUCAGUUUGUUGUCUCACGUCGAGCUUAUAAAGAUAAUUCCAGUUGUUACUUGAUCAACAGUAAUCGAGCUGUAUAUCGUGAUGUGGCUAAUCUUUUGCGUUGUCAUGGUGUAGAUAUUGAUCACAACAGAUUCCUUAUUCUACAAGGUGAAGUAGAACAGAUUGCUUUGAUGAAACCAAAAGCACCAAGUGAACAUGAAGAUGGAUUUCUUGAAUACCUAGAGGAUAUAAUCGGAUCAUCUCGUUACAAAGCACCAUUAAACACUUAUGCUACUCGUAUAGAAAGAAUAAAUGAUAUACGCUUAGAGAAAUUGGCACGUGUUAAAGUUGUGGAAAAAGAGAAAGAUGAACUUGAAAGUGUACGAAAUGAAGCGAUUGCUUAUCUACGCUUAGUAAAUCAAUUAGUUCGAUUGAAAAAUAUAUUAUAUCAACAAAAAUUAUCAAAAGAAAAUAAUAGUGCAAAGAUUGCUAAAGAAAAGUUGACAGAAGUUCAGCGUGAAGCUGAUGAAUUAACCAAUCAAAUACAGGAAACUACUAAACUAAUUUCACAAUUAGAAUCAAGACGUGAAGAAAUCACUAAGCAACAUUCCGACUUACAAACACGACAUCGUGAAGCAAAGACUAAAUUUGCUGAUUUUGAAGCUGAAGACAGUCGAUUACGUGAUGAACAUGCACACACAAAAAAUACAUCCAUCCGUUUAACUAAGUCUAUUCAAGCAGAGAAAACUAAUUUAGAACAGUUGCAAAAACUUCCCGAAGAAGCAAAUGCUCGUCGUGAGGAAAUUCUAAAACAGGUGGCACAAUAUGAAGAAGUCAAAAAACAGAAUGAAGAAGCUUACAGGGAAACACUUGAUAAUUUAGCCAAGGAAUCUACACCUUUACGAAUUAAAGUUGAACAAAGUGAAUCAAUUCUUGGACCAUUACAGAAAGAAGCUGAACAAUUGAUAAGUAAAUUAAAAUUACAACGUCAAGAGUAUAAUCUAAUGAUGACUGCUGAACGUCGUGAAUUAGAGCGUGCAGAUAUAGCACGUAAAAAUAAACAAUCAGUUGACGAAAAGCUUAAAGCUUGUCAACAGGAACUGAAUGAGGCUAAACAACGACUCUCAGGUACAGAAAACAACAACAGAAACAGUAACAAUAAUCGAGAUGGUAUAAAAGGCAGUCUAGAAACAGCUUUGGCUUCCGCUACACGUGAUCUAGCUGAAAUGAAAGCCCAUGAAGCGGAUUUAGCAAAAGAAGUCAAUGCCUUGCGUGGUAAAUUGGUAGAGUCGAAAUCUUCUCUUCAGGCCGAAAGUUCAAGAAGUCGAUUGUUAAACGCUUUGCUUGAAGCAAAACGUUCUGGUAUAUUGCCAGGAAUUAUUGGCCGACUUGGUGACCUGGGUGCUAUUCCUUCACGAUAUGAUAUUGCAGUGUCAACAGCCUGUGGUGCCUUGAACAAUAUUGUUACUGAUACUAUGGAUUCAGCUCAAGAAGCUGUAAAUUUUUUAAAACAGCACAAUCUUGGAAAAGCCACUUUCAUAGCUUUGGAUAAAAUGCAAAAAUGGGCUGGACAAGCAUCUCAACCAUUUCCUAAGCCUCAAGUACCAUUUCGUGUGGAACGUUUGUAUGAUUUAAUUGAAACAGUUGAUCCAAGCGUGAAACCAGCUUUCUAUUUCGCGCUUAGAAACACAUUGGUUACAGAGAAUUUAAACGCAGCUACAACAGUUGCCUUCGGUCAACAACGACGUCAUCGUGUUGUUACACUUCAGGGUCAAAUUAUUGAAGUCUCAGGAGCUAUGUCAGGUGGUGGAUGUCGUCCAAUUUCAGGCAGAAUGAUGACUGAUAUUGCACAUGUUAGAAAAUUCUAUGCAGAUAACACUUAUAAACCAGACAGUGGUAGACAAAGAAAUUCAAUUGAUGGUACAAAAGAUAUUCCCACUUUGGAAAGAGAAUUAGCUAAAAGUGAUAGUGAACUUGAUCGAUUGCGUGAAACUCGUGGUCGAUUAGAAGAGAUGAUACAGCGAAUGAUGCAUCAACGUGAUGAUGCUCAACAGACUGUUAGACGAUGCGAAGCUGAAUACUCACGAAUACUAGCCCAUUCGAAAAUAUUAUCUGAUGAAAUUUCUAAAGCAGAAGAACGUGCCAGGUCAUUGGCUCCAUCGGAUGCUCAACGUAAAAAAAUUGAAAAAGAAAUAAAAGCACUUGAUAAAACAUCACAGGAAAAAUCAGCAAAAGUUACUAGUCAGCGUGAAGAGUUGGAACGCCUUAAAAGUGAACUGUUGAAUUAUGGCUCUGAUCGUCUUGCUGCGGUAAAAAAUCGUAUGGAUGCUAUGGAUAAGAAAAUAAAACAGUCCAAUGAUGAAUUGACAAAGUUGGAAGUUAAUUUAAAGACGGCAACACGUAAUAUACAAAAAGCUGAGAAUAAAUUAAAAAAUAUGAAUCAUGAAUUAGAAGUGUUGACAGAAAAAUUAUCUGAUAUUCAAGUAAGACUUAAACAUCUGGAGAAAGAUGCUUUGGCCUGUUUCGACGAAACACAAAAAAUUCAAGCUGAGAUUGAAGAAUUACAAAAAAUGAAAGAAGAGAAUCUCUCUCUUUUAACUAGCUCAGAAAAUGAUUUAGCCACAGCCCAGAAAUCAGAAGCUGCAGCACGUCGAUUAGUCAGUCAAUUUGAAGGUGAAUUAUCUCAAGCGACUACAAAUGCUCUUCAUUGGGAGAAAGAGAUUAAACGUCUUCGACUGCAUUUUAUUGACGAUGACGAUGAUGAAGACGAAGAUGAAGAAGAUGGAAAAUAG